AGAGCAAAGCGUAGUCAUCACCUAUCUAUAGAGAGAGAGAAGAGAGAAGAGAGAGAGAGGAAAUCUAGCAUGGAGAGUGGCAGCAAGAAGGUCGCAGCCUGUGUGUUGGCGCUGCUGCUUCUCCAGCUGAUGGUAGCUCCGACGACGGCGACGGCCCGCUUGCUGCAGCAGGCGGAUACCUCCCCCGUGUUUGGCCUGGACAUCAUCGCGAGGGAGUUUGGCCAUCCAGAUGGAGCCGUCCCCUGUUUUGAAUCCUGUGUCUUCGUACCAUGCAUUUCGUCAGUCGUGGGAUGCCGAUGCGAAAACAAUGUCUGCGUGAAAUAAACUCGUGACGCCGCUGCUACAGUCGGGACGAGGCCAUAUAUCUCUGAUCCCGUUACGUGUGAAGAACCAGCUCCAUCUUUGUAACAAAUUUGUGUUGGGAGAAACAGAAAGACGGUGGUGUUUAACUUAUUGUGAAAGGUGAUUUAAUAAUAAUAUAUAAUAAACGGGAUACGUUGGAUGUGGUGUA